CCACUUUGCUGUGAAUAGAUCACAGUCAGUUUAGUUUUUACUCGCGUCGGCCGGCUCACUGGAAGUUUUGCCUUGGUCUUGUAUCUGCUGGUGGAUAAAAAGAUCCUGGAGAGAACUUGACCGGUUGUUUGGAGGAUAUUCCGUAAGUGCGCACAACUGGUUGGGAGUGAAACGCCACCGUCGCCAUUAUGAAACACUUCUUGCUGGUGGGCUUGCUGGCCCUGGUGCUGUUGGUUUCUAUUGCUGCAGCUGAAAAGAAGGAGGAAGGUUUCGAGGAAAGUGGCGGAAGUGAACACGGUGGUGAGCAUCACGAAAAGAAGGGUGAGAAGGCCGACAAGGGGUACAAAUCAAAGCAUGGUAUGGACAAGAAGGAAAAAGGUGAUCACGCCAAAGAGGAACACGAGUCUCAUUACGGCGAGGAAGGAGGACACAAAAAGGAAAGUCACGAGGAGGGGGAUGAGUAUAAAAAGCAUCACGAAGAGAAGAAGGGUUCGAAGCAUGGCAAGAGCGAACACAAGAAGGGUCACAAAAAGGGAUCUAAAACCACUGGUUAUCAUAAAAAAUCUCACAAGGAUGACUACCACAAGGAACAUAAAUUCUACGAUGAUCAUCACAAGGAAGGUAAGCACAAGAAGUAUGGCGAUGCCCACGAACACCACAGCAAGGAGGCCGGAGAGCAUAAGAAGGGAGGACAUCAUGAGUCGGCCCACAAGGAAGACCACUACUCGAAGAAGGGUCACUCGGACAAGGGACAUCACGACGAGGAUCACAAGGACUGGAAGAAUAAGCAUGGCCAUGAGUCACACUUUUCGCACAAGGACGAUUAUGGCAAAAAGGGCGGCAAAAGUGGUGGAAGUGAGCAUGGUUUCAAGAAAGGUGGUCAUCACUGAUGCCGUGGUUAUGCUAGUUUUAUAUUUAGUAGGUGAAAUAUUUCAAUUGAAGAAAAAGUUAUUAACUGUCAGUGAAUAUAAGUGUUUGCAUUGUUUUUAAUUAUACAAGACAAGAAAAAUAUAGACUUGAUGUAUAA